AUGGCAGAGGCGAUAGGGACUACCGCGAGCGUUGUCGGCCUCGUUGGUGCGCUGCUGAAGACUAUUCAAGAGAUUCGGAAAGCCCGAGAGCGAGUGAAGAACGCGCCAAAAAGGCUCGACGAGAUCUCCUCGUCACUCCAAGUCACGUCGCAGACGGCUAGUCUCGUCAGAGAGGAGCCCAGACUACAGACGCCUUCGGUUGUUCAUCAGCUCGGGAUACUAAAUGCAAUCGCGGAGGAGCUGGCACAGCUUGUAAAGAUACUGGAGAAGAAGAGCCGGAAAGGCCCGGUUCGGAGUUUCUUUAGUACCUUGAAGACACAAGAUGCGGAUGAGACUGAGCUGGCCAACAUUUCGAACCGUUUAGCCAAUGCCACGGCGGAACUAGGCACUCGAAUAUCCGUCAUUCACGUAGGUCUGACGGGGAACCUAGAGGAUGGCUUCAGAGUCAUGCUCAAGCUUCUUGAGGACACCAACUCAAAAGUGUUCCAGAGGUUUUACAAUUAUUAG